GGCGUGCGCGGGCGCAGCUGCGCCGAUACGCUACGGACUUAGACACACGUGAAAUACGUAAAAGUUGUGUAUUUAAAAAGUGUGUUUUGAAGUGUCAGUCAGUGACGGUAUUUGGUGUUUGCACCCUAUUUUUUUGAGUUCUGAUUUUGACCGAACCGGUUAUGGGACGUCCGAUGCUGGCGUUAGUCAUCGGCGCGGGGCUGCUCGCGACCGCCGCGUGCGCACCGCCGGGGAAGCCGUCCCUUGGCUGGGGGGAACGCACCUUCGCGAUCAUUGAAGUAAACCAAGCAGCCACCGCCUACAACCAGCUAGUUACCAAGAAAGAUGCUGCUGAUGUCUCCGUCACAUGGAACGUCUGGUCCGGUGAUCCAGCAGACAAGUCCAGGGUUCUUCUCAACGAUAAGGAGUUCUGGUCUGGAGCCGGCAGCGCCACCUCAGCAGCUUUCAAGGUUAAGAAGGGUGGCAGAUACCAAAUGAAAGUGGAACUCUGCAACGCUGAUGGAUGCAGCUACAGCGAAUCUACUGAGAUAGUGGUUGCCGAUACUGACGGUAGCCACUUGCCACCCCUGGACUACUCUAUCGGAGAGAGGAACAAGCCUUUCAAGCAGACUUCUGGCAAGGUUGUUGGCGCUUACUUCGUCGAAUGGGGCGUCUACCCCAGGAAGUUCCCCGUCGACCGCGUACCCAUCCCGAAUCUUACCCAUCUUCUCUACGGUUUCAUCCCAAUCUGCGGUGGAGAUGGCAUCAACGACAGUUUGAAAGAAAUCGAAGGCAGUUUCCAAGCUCUGCAACGAUCAUGCAGUGGCAGGGAAGACUUCAAAGUAUCGAUCCACGACCCUUGGGCAGCUCUUCAGAAACCACAAAAGGGUUUGGCUUCCUGGAACGAACCCUACAAGGGUAACUUCGGCCAGCUGAUGAUGUUGAAACAAGCAAGACCUGACCUGAAGAUCUUACCUUCCGUUGGUGGCUGGACCCUGGCCGAUCCAUUCUUCUUCUUCACUGACAAGGUAAAAAGGAAGCGCUUCGUCGACUCUGUUAAAGACUUCCUUGAAACCUGGAAAUUCUUCGAUGGAGUGGAUAUCGACUGGGAGUUCCCUGGUGGUAAGGGCGCUAACCCUGAUCUCGGUAGCCCUGAUGACGGUCACAUCUACGUCGAGCUGAUGAAGGAACUGAGAGAGAUGCUCAACGAGCUGUCUGCCAAGACCGGCAAGAAAUACGAACUGACUUCAGCCAUCAGCUCUGGUUGGGACAAGAUUCAGGUGGUAGACUACAAGGCUGCUCAACAGUACAUGGACCACAUCUUCUUGAUGAGCUACGACUUCAAGGGAGCCUGGUCGAACGACACUCUUGGCCACCAAGCUGCUCUACACGCUCCCGCAUGGAACCCCAAGGAGACUUACACAACUGACUUCGGUGUCAAAUUCCUGUUGGCUCAGGGAGUCAGUCCUAAGAAGAUCGUCGUUGGUGUUGCUAUGUACGGCCGUGGUUGGACUGGAGUCAACGGUUACAAAGAUGGCAAUCCAUUCACUGGUGUAGCUACUGGCCCAGUUAAAGGUACCUGGCAGGAUGGUGUAGUGGACUACAGAGAGAUAGCCAAUGAGAUUGCUCAAGGCAAGUGGGAGUACCAUUAUGACAAAGUGGCUCAGGCACCAUACGUAUUUAGGAAGGAGACUGGUGACUUAAUUACAUAUGACGAUGCUAGGUCGACAAUUGAAAAGGCCAAAUAUGUAAGGAAUAAUAAGCUAGGUGGUCUGUUUGCAUGGGAAAUAGAUGCAGACAAUGGUGAUAUAUUAAAUGCCAUGAAUAUGGGUCUUGGAAACAGUGCGUAAAAAAUAUUGUGCUAGUUUUGUGUUUAAAUGUGAUCGUAAUUGUAAGUUUAGUUUUAGGCGAAAUGUCUCAAAUCUUAUUUACAUAAUAUUAAAAAAAUGUUGAGCGACUGAAUUUGUGUAAGUGUAAGUAAUAUAAAAUUAUUAUAAAAUACUA